AUGACACUUCCUGCACAAAUUAAAGCCAGAGGAAAAGAUGCAGUUACUGCAUUCGUCAAUGAAAUUGAAAAAGGUGAAAUGACGUUGGUAAAUAGCAGAGUGAUGUUUCUAGGAAAGGAAGGGGCUGGUAAAACCAGCCUUGUAAAUUCCAUCCUUGGAAAACCAUUCAAUGAGAAUGAACCAUCAACUUGUGGUAUUCUAACAACAACAGUAUUUCAAACUGUUGGUUUAGACUACAUCAAGUGGGAGGAACAUAAGGAUGUAGACGUGUGUGAAUUAACCAAGAAAAUACGAGAGUAUAAUAUAGCAGAACGUAUUGCAAGGAAGUUGGAACCACCAGAAGGCCAGGAAACCACAUCUAUGUCCGUAUCACCCAGUUCUACAGCAUCUCCAAUGGAAACAUCAGAAGAAGCUACAAGUCUAACUUCAGAGGAAAAAGAAACUUCUGAUGUGUCUCAGAGUGCUGCAAAUGUUCAGUUCGAUAGACUCCCAGAAGAAAUUUUUAAAAAAGUUGUAGCUAAUCUUGACCGCCAGAAUCCUGAACCAAGCAGGAGCGCAGAAGAACCAAAACCCGGCAUUUUUAAACGAUUCUUCAUGAAAAUAACGAGAAACAAGCCUACUAACAAAGAUGCACGCUUUGAACGUGUUGUUGAACGUGUUGUUGAAAAUGUACCUAGUGAUGUAACAUGUAUAUGGGAUUAUGCAGGCCAAAUCUCAUAUUAUAUAACUCAUAGGUUUUUCUUGACAGAUGGAUCGUCAUAUGUCGUUGCUUUUAGUUUGUUUGAGCCUUUAAAUGAAUUGGCAAAAUCAAGAGGUCCACUAAAAGAUCGGUUUGAAAUGACUAAUCUCCAAAUGAUUAUUUUCUGGAUACGGUCAAUAUAUGAGCACGCUGUACUACAAUAUAAUGCAAGUACGCAAUUAAUAAAUGACACUAUAGCCUCACCCACAAUCAGUUUGGUUGGCACUCACAAAGACAAGUUAGAGGGAAGUGAGGAGAAUAAACAGAAUCAGAUUGAAGCAAUAUUCAAAAUAAUAUUUGAAGAAAUCAAAGGGAUGCCUUUCGAACUUCACGUUGACAGAACGAUGUAUGCUGUAGAUAAUACAUCAGCAAAUGACAAAGGGAUUGAAGAAUUAAAAAAAAAUCUUGGAGGUUACACAAAGCAAAUGGCAAAAACAGUUCCCACAAAAUGGGUUGAUUUCCAGUCGAAAAUCCAAGAAGUCGGGAAAACAACACUGCGCAUGUCCUUAGACGAGGUCAAUGAGAUUGCUGUCGAUUGUGGAAUUCCGAACGAAAACACCAUCCACAUUCUCAACUAUUUAAAUGAUUGCGGAAUCAUCAUGUAUUCGCCAACUAACAUCAAGUUGAAGAACACUGUGAUUACUAACGUUCACAUGUUGAUUGAAAUCUUCACGAAAGUAAUCACAACAGAAGAUCAGAGACCCGCAAUGAUGAAAUUAUGGCAUCUGCUUGAUAAAGGCAUUCUGAGUGAGACAUUGCUACGUCAUCUGUGGAAACAUGAGUUGGAGGAAGACGCUAGCAGCUUUGACAUUUUUGUCGAAUUGAUGAAGGUUUUUGGACUGCUCUUUGAGAAGCAAACGGUAAUUCAAUGCCUCUACUUAUCAUCUUGA